UGAGAAGCCGACAGUUUAAUGUUUAUCAAUGGUUGUCGGGGGAGGGUGGUGCGCGUUUCCGCAAGCCUCCCCGAAGGUGAAUAGCACCGGGCUGCGCACUGGGCAACUUUUAUCCAUUUUUUCGUGAACAUUGGAUAAAAGGCUAAGUCGACCUCAAACAGAGGAAGACAGCGGUAUAGGCAUUUAUCAUUUAAAUUCUAAAACAUAUAAGCUGUUUAAAUUAAAGUUUAAUUUAUUUUAGAAUUAAUAAAAUGAUUAAAAAUCAUCAUGCCUCUUUUCACUAUUCCUAUCCAAAAGAGUUGCCAGUCAUAAAGAAAAAUAAAUUUACGCAAACUGAUGAAAGUUGUUUUGGAAUAUGUGAGCUCUGUAUGAUUUCCAAUGAAAGUUUAAAUGAAAUGUUAAAAGAAUAUUGUGUUAAACAGAAGUUCCCCAAUUGUUUAAUAAAUUUUUAA